GAGCUCAUUUGUUACGAGCUUUGCUCGUAACUUCCUCUCAAAAUCCUCCCCCCCACUUGUACAAAGAUGGCUCCUAGGAAGAGGAAACCAGUUUCUGAUGCACCGACGUAUGCCGACUUGUUUGGCGAUGGCACAUCUUCAUCUACCGGUCCGUCGUCUUCUUCGGGGACUGUUCCGGACUCUCAGGCAUCUCGGGGAGUUUCUUCGACCCCUCCUCCUAUUCCACCUCAGAUGCCUCCCCCACCAGCUCCACCUGUCGCCCCGGAUCAGCCUGCUCCACCGGCCGCAGUUCAUCCCGAUUUGCGGGUGCCUGCUUAUGCACCAUUCGCGAGAUACACCGUCGAGGAUUUGCUUGCCCAGCCUGGACGAGAGGGUUUAGACGUUCUGGACCCCGAUAGACCCCCGGGUACUUAUUGGUUUGGGGCUAACAACCGUGUUGGCCGGAGCGUUUCGGAGACGAUGAAGGGAUAUUACGACGGCCCUUAUCCCAACUGGAGCUCGACUCCCGAACACGUCAAGACGACGUGGUUUAAGCAAUUUGCGCAAAAGUGGAACUGGUCCGUAGGAAUCACCGAGAGGGUGAAGAGGGAGUUCAUUGCAAAGGCAAAGCCUCGUCUUUGCAACACCGUAUCGGACUGGAAGGACAAGUGGGAGAUUUACGGCUAUGAGGGGAAGCCGAACGGGGUCACAAAGGAAGCAUGGGAUGGUCUCAUUGCCUUUUGGCAACUACCCAGCUCCAUCCGUAAAGCCAACUCCUGCUCCGCUUCCCGAAGAACGAAGGAUAAGGAUGGCAAUUUGCCCAUGGUUCAUAGAACCGGCCAAAAACCACAUGCCGGGAUUCGUCUUGAAGUUCUGGAGAAGACAGGAGUUCUGCCAUCUCUCUCCGACCUAUUCAAGAUGACUCACGCCUCACCAGAGGGGGUUUUUGUUGAUCCUGCAUCCGAGAAACUCUUCAACGCGGUGGCUACUCGGAUUGUAGAGCGAGAGACGCAACUUACCCAACAGUCUGCAGAUGGGUUACCCGUCAAGUUGUCAACCGAAGAGAUCGACCGGAUCUUCGAGGAGGUGGCUCCUAGAAAGAAGGGACGGACGGUCGGAAUAGGUUCCGUUAAUGAAGUUGCAAGGGCGACUUUGUCAUACCAUUCGAGACGGGACCAGGACAACGAGCGGAUGCAGGCUCGCUUGGAUACCCAGCAGGAGCGUUUGGACUCUCUCGAGAGUUUGCUGGAUAUUAUGGCGGUGGGAAACCCGACCAUGCAGGCCGCUUUGGCGGACAGACGAGCAGCUCUGAGGAUGCAACAGCCGGAUCCCGAAGCAGGAACUUCUUCAGACCCGAACGCCUCGGCCAACUACUUCGACGAUGUUGGCCUUUAGUACUUUUUUUUUUAGACAUUGUUUUGUAUUAUAAAUUUAAAUAUUAUUUUAUGAAUUUAUAAUUUUUAAAAAAUUU